AUGACAAACGCCUCCCAUGGAUCCGACGAUACUGUAACCCAGGAAUCUUACAAGAGAUCCUCGUCAAGUCCGGUCAAGCAUCGGCGGUCCUCCAAGCACAAGAAGUCAAAGGAGAAGAUGCCCAUGCCAAUUCCUCAACGAAAGCCCAGCCCCAGACCCGAGAAGAUGAAACAGGAGAGAACCACGCCGAAAUCAUCGGUUGAUGUCUUUGAGUUUCUCGUCGAGGAUGAGGGCCAGGAUGCUUCCACUCCACGCCUGGGAGAGAAAAGCGAGGCUGCUGUGGAGCCAUACGAGCUCCCACCUGCAGAAGAAUCUGAUGACGAGGGUUACGUACGGAGUCAUCACAGUGAUUCUGGUAUCUCUAUGGGUUCCAACAGCAUUUGUUUGACGAAUGGUGAAUCUGUACUGGACGACCGACUGCCUCCUUUACCGGAGGAGAGCCAGGACAACACUGAUCACCAAGGGCAGCUUAUCGACAGGUCAACAUACCCUCGCCGUCUACGGUUGAAAUGGCCGGAAGUACCAAGAGCCACCCAUAAACAACAAAAUAUUGGACCAGGUACCAGAACACCGAGCCCAGAGCAAAGACGUUCGAGCCUCGCCAGCAUACCUGAACCCUCUGAGCAGGACUUUCUCCUACCCAAGGAGAUGCCCUUGUCGGGGUACGAUCUGGUUGCGGAUAAACUAGCUCAAGGGCAUAUUCCUCCUGUUUUCCGACGGUUCAAGAGGAUUAACUAUCGAGUGCUGUUGCAAUUGCAGGAUGAAAUCAUUGAGAUGGAAGACCAGCUUGCCAAUUUGGACAUGGCCGACACGAGAAGUCGCCUCAAUUCUGAUGGCAGCACGUCCCCAGCUUCACGUAGGCUCAACUGGCAGUGGAAUCAUUCCGAGUUACAUGCACAUCGUCUUGAAGUCCUAGGAAGACUGUACAUUAAGAUCGAGCAAUACUACCAAGCACUUUUAUCGGCGCAGCAGGUUCAAAAACAAUGCCGCACGGCGAUCCCCACCGACAUCGAACAGUUUCGAAGUUGGUUACGAAAGAAUAAACCACUAUCAGGGCCAGAAUCACGGUUCUUAGACGACGACAACGAUUUGAUGAUGCUGUUGGAAGAUGACAGGAGUAACGGUAGAGCAGCGACCGCAAGGUCCUCCACGAUGAUGGCCCCCGCCGACUUGGUGCCUCUAUGCAUAUUGACGACGACUCUUUUCCCGCUGUUGUGUUUCAAACUCACCACAGGCGUUCUGAAUCGUAUGAUUAUCCUGGUUGCUGUUCUGGCGGCGGGACUGGGCAGCCUGGAGAAGCUCGACCGCUCCAGAGUACCCGAACACAAGCAGCUGAUCGUGGCGUGUUUCGGCGUUUCGUUUCUGGUUGCAUUGCUCUUUUAA